UCAAGACAGACGCGCAUGCAAAUCAAUCAAUCGCGUGUUGAGUAGUCCCAGCAUAGCACAAGCACAAGCAUAAACACAAGCACAAAUCAUCUCGGCCCGGCGCAACGGGGUCGACGCUUAUUUACUGCCUCUCCCUGUCGUGUUUCUUGCUUUUACAACUGUUGCUCUCGCUCAAUCGAUUCUUCGGUUUCACUUGAAUCCAAUAUCCCCCCUCCCCUUGGCUGGGAGAGAGAGAGAGAUCUCCAGGGCACACCAAGGCCAAGACAAACUGGCAAUCCAUCCCUCGAUUGACGACUGUAUUUAUAUUUACAUUCACACAACCGUCCCAUCUGUCAUGCCGGCCAAGACCUCGACGAGGUCAACACGCACCUCGAGUGCUGCUACCUCACGCAAAUCAUCCGCCCCUGCCUUGCAAUCGAGGACUUCCAACACUUCUCGCACCUCUGCCCCAGCCAUUAGUGUCCCAGAAGAGCCACUGGAAAACUCCUUGCGCACCCGGGUCUGCCUUAUCUUCAGGGACGCCCAGAAGACCACCGCCUCUCAUAGGAAGCUCGUUGUCAACCUGCGCAAAAUCCACGAGUCAUGUUGCUACGAACCCAGCCCUCCUAACAAGGGCAACAGCAAGGGCCCUCCGCCCGCCGACGACUUCGAUGAGGACGACUUCAACACAGAGUUCGCACGCUGCGUCAUGAGGGCCAUGCCCGUCAGGAAGAGCGAGGCCGUCGGUGAAAAAACUAUCCGCUUCGUCGGCCUCUUCUUGCGCCACGCCAGUGACAAGGACAACGAGUUGCUGGGCGAGGACGAUGCCGAUGCUAGUACCAUGCCCGAGACUCCCACCACCAGGCUCAUCACCCGCGUCAUGAGCGCCAUCCUGCCCUUACUCACUGCCAAGGACAAGUUUGUCCGCUUCAGGGCCACUCAGUUUGUCUCCCACGUCAUUAACUCCCUCGACGCCAUCGAUGACGAUCUCUUCCAGAACCUGCGACACGGUCUGCUCAAGCGCAUACGUGACAAGGAGGCCAUGGUGCGCGCGCAGGCUGUCCUCGGCCUGGGGAGGUUGGCAGGGAACCAGGUCGAAGCCAUGGCCAACUCGGACGAUAGCGACGAUGACGCCGAGACCGGCUUGCUCGAGAAGCUCCUCGAGGUCCUUCAGAACGACCCCAGCGCAGAGGUCCGCCGCUCCCUCCUCGUCAACUUGCCCAUCCUGCCAAACACUCUCCCCUACCUCCUGGAGAGGGCCAGGGAUCAGGAUCCUCUAACCCGCCGCGCCGUCUACGCCAGACUCCUGCCCGCCUUGGGCGAUUUCCGUCAUCUUUCCUUGUCCAUGCGCGAGAAACUUCUGCGCUGGGGGCUGAGAGACCGAGAUGAAAAUGUGAGAAAGGCCGCAGGGCGCCUGUUCCGCGAUCGAUGGAUCGAGGACUGCGCCGGUACGCCUCCUCCAGCCGAAGAUGGGAAGCUCAACGAGAGUCCGGAGCCCAGUUUCGAUGGUCUCCUCGAACUUCUCGAGCGUAUCGAUGUCGUCAAUUCCGGAGUCGAGAAUGGCGUCGCUCUCGAGGCCAUGAAAGGCUUUUGGGAGGGCCGCCCUGACUACAGAGAUGCUGUUACCUUUGAUGACUAUUUCUGGGAGACUCUUUCUGCCGAGUCCGUCUUCAUGGCCAGGAGUUUCAACGACUUCUGUCGAGCCGAAGGCAAUCGAAAGUACGAGACCCUCGUCGAAGAAAAACUUCCUGAAGUCACCAAGCUAGCUUUCUUUCUUGAGCGCUAUCUGAAAGUCCUCGUAGAGGCUAUUGGUAGGGUCAAUAGUCAAGAACUGGCCGAUGACGACGACGACGACGACGAGGAAGAAGAUACGGUAGAGCAAGAGUUCAUCGUGGAACAACUUUUACACAUCAUUCUCACUUUGGACUAUUCAGAUGAGGUCGGCCGCCGGAAAAUGUUCAGUCUCUUGCGCCAGAUGCUGUCCAUACCGGAACUUCCCGACGAGGUGACCAAGCUCACCAUUGAUGUGCUUCGCGAUAUUUGUUCGCCAGAUGCAGCUGGUGAAAAGGAGUUUUGUAGCGUGGUCCUCGAGGCUGUAGCCGACGUCCACGAUACUAUCGUUGACGAGCCAAGUCCCGAUAACGAUGAUGAUAGUUUCCACUCCGCCCGCUCUGACGUUAGUGGCGACACCACUCCCACCAAGAGCGAAAGGCGUUCCAAGGAACCGGAGAGCGAAGAAGAAGCAAGAGCCAAGGCUAUCAAAGAGAUCAUGAUCAACAUGAAGUGCCUCCAUAUCGUACAAUGCAUGCUCGCCAACGUCCAAGGUACUUUACAGGAGAACGACCACCUCGUUGCCAUGCUCAACAAUCUUGUCGUCCCUGCUGUGCGCAGCCAUGAGGCUCCUGUCCGAGAGCGAGGUCUUGUCUGUCUAGGGCUCUGUGCCCUGCUCGAUCGCCCCCUUGCCGAGGAGAAUCUCACGCUCUUCAUGCACUUCUUUGCUAAGGGGCACUCUACCCUCCAGAUCACGGCGCUUCAGAUCCUUACUGACAUUCUGAAUGUACAUGGCGCUCAGUUGCUUGCCGACAACUCAGCUCUACUCAAAAUAUAUAUCAAGGCACUCCGAUCGGGCUCCAAGAACCCCGAAGUACAGGGUGCCGCCACAGUUGCUGUCUCCAAGCUGCUGUUGGGCAGGGUCGUUACGGACCACGAUACGUCCGCUGAGCUUCUCAAAACUCUUGUUGUGGCCUACUUCGACCCUUCCACGGCGGGGAAUCAGAGCGUAAGGCAAGCUUUGAACUACUUCCUCCCCGUCUUCUGCUAUUCAAGAGCUGAGAACCAGGACCUCAUGCGUUCCGUGGCAUUAGACGCUCUGCAUGCACUUUACAACGUGCGAGAGGGCCUAGAAGAUGACGACGCCGACGUAAAUGAGGAGAUGGCAACUCUCAACACUAUCGGCGCAUGCUUAGUAGACUGGACGGACCCCCGGAAGUGUUAUCAGCCCGGAGUCUCAAUGGACGCCGAGAAGAAAAAUGUCAACGGUGAUGGACAUCUCGACUUCGCCACAGCUAUUAUAGAAAGGCUGAAUGGGAACAUGAGCAAGGAUGAAAAGAAGGUCAUCGCGACCCUCUUGGGUAAACUUUAUGUUUCACCCUUCUCGUCAGAAGCCAAAAUUCGCAAUCUAUACGAUGAGAUCAAUAUGGCCGUGGAAGAAAACAUUCUAUCAGAUGCCACAAGUCGAAAUUCUCUCUACAAGAUUCACGUGAGUCUCGGUAAGAUUGUCAAUCAAUUUACAGAGCAAGAGAAAAGUGGUGGAAGAAGGAUGAGCCGCAGCGUUAGUAUCUCUGCUGUUGGUUCCGUCGCCGGUGACGAGAGAACCAUCACGGAGGAGCAGGAGCCUAUCAAAGAAGAAGACGUUUCGGAUGAUGAAGAUCGGAGCAAUGAUACUAUCCGCCAAGGUGGAGAGCAUGAGUCUGGGUCUUUGGUGGAAGAGCUUCUCACGGAUGGCGAGUAGCUGGGCUGAAUAUUUAUGGUAUGCCGGACUUUUUACGGUUUCAUGUUAGACAACGAUUCCCCUG